GAAGAAACAAGGCUUGUCGAAGGACGACUGAUAGGUACAGACAGACGCCAUCACAAGAACUUGCAACAAGCAGGGCACGCUAGACAUACCGUGCAAGAUGCCUCCAAAGACCUUUACCAUCCUGUUGGCCAUCAUCCUCUUGGUCUUGAUCAUUGGACUCACCUGCAUCUUCAACUUCAUGCCAUUGGCACCGUCUAACGUGCAGCAUCAGCCAGAACCUAACGUGCAGCGUCGGCCAGAACCUAACCUGGAGAAUGUGCUCAAACCUUUUGCGGAGAAUCUGCCAGAACCAAACGUGCAGCGUCGGCCAGAACCAAACGUGCAGCGUCGGCCAGAACCAAAUGUGCAGGGUCGGCCAGAACCAAACGUGCAAGGUCGGCCAGAAGCAAACGUGCAGGAUCAGCCAGAACCAAACCUGGAGAAUGUGCUCAAACCUUUUGCGAAGAAUCUGCCAGAACCAAACGUGCAGCAUCGGCCAGAACCAAACGUGCAGCGUUGGCCAGAACCAAACGUGCAGCGUCGGCCAGAACCAAACGUGCAGCGUCGGCCAGAACCAAAUGUGCAGGGUCGGCCAGAACCAAACAUGCAAGGUCGGCCAGAACCAAACGUGCAGGAUCAGCCAGAACCAAACCUGGAUAAUGUGCUCAAACCUUUUGGGGAGAAUCUGCCAGAACCAAACGUGCAGCAUCGGCCAGAACCAAACGUGCAGCGUCGGCCAGAACCUAACGUGCAGCGUCGGCCAGAACCAAACGUGCAGCAUCGGCCAGAACCAAACGUGCAGCGUCGGCCAGAACCAAACGUGCAGCGUCGGCCAGAACCAAACGUGCAGGGUGAAAACGUGCAGGAUCGGCCAGAACCAAACGUGCAGCGUCGGCCAGAACCAAACGUGCAGGGUCGAAACAUGCAGGGUCGGCCAGAACCAAACGUGCAGCGUCGGCCAGAACCAAACGUGCAGGGUCGAAACGUGCAGGGUCGGCCAGAACCAAACGUGCAGGGUCGGCCAGAACCAAAUGUGCAGCGUCGGCCAGAACCUAACGUGCAGGAUCAGCCAGAACCAAACCUGGAUAAUGUGCUCAAACCUUUUGGGGAGAAUCUGCCAGAACCAAACGUGCAGCAUCGGCCAGAACCAAACGUGCAGCGUCGGCCAGAACCUAACGUGCAGCGUCGGCCAGAACCAAACGUGCAGCAUCGGCCAGAACCAAACGUGCAGCGUCGGCCAGAACCAAACGUGCAGGGUGAAAACGUGCAGCGUCGGCCAGAACCAAACGUGCAGGGUCGAAACGUGCAGGGUCGGCCAGAACCAAACGUGCAGCGUCGGCCAGAACCAACCGUGCAGGGUCGAAAUGUGCAGGGUCGGCCAGAACCAAACGUGCAGCGUCGGCCAGAACCAAACGUGCAGCGUCAGCCAGAAGCAAACGUGCAGGAUCAGCCAGAACCAAUGACCAGCCAGAACAGUGCAGGAUCAGUGAACGAGCCUCAGCUGGUCAAUAAAGUUUGCCCUUCGCCAUGGAGUGGCCAUGACAAUCGCUGUUUCCUGUAUGUGGGUGUCAACAAGACAUGGCAUGAUGCUGAGAAGCACUGCGUAGCCAUGGGUGGACACUUGGCCUCAGCUCACACCCACGCCACGAAUGAGUUCCUCCGGGGAUUGAUUCCUGAGCGGGAUGCUUGGAUUGGGGGCAACAAAGAGAACGAUGUGUGGAAAUGGACGGAUGGUUCCCAGUUUGAUGUGAAGCCGUAUGGGGGGAACAGCACACAUGCUAGAUGGACAGAAAAAUGCUUCUUUAGAGGGGCUUGUGUGAAACUCAAUGGCCUUUCCCUCCUCUCGAUUCUUUAUUGCUGGUUCGAACAACCAUUUAUUUGUCAGAAGUGAUGGGAUGGUCUCGGCUGGGUGAUCCGGCUGCUCCUUCAAAGACGCCGGUGCUGAAAGAUCACCACUCUGCGUUAAUUCGGUUGCUUUCAUGAAUCCUGAUCAUAAUCGGUGUGCACAUGAUCCCAAACAAUCCGCAAAACACCAGUUUACAAACUAAGGCUCGUACUAUUUGCAGUUCAGGAGCUAACACAAUCAGGAGAAAAUGAAUCCAUCCAAAACAAAAGCACAUUUUAGACAACAUAUUUAGAAGCAACAUCCUUUAACAUUGAAUCACUUAUUGAACUCAGCUAAAAUGAGGCACAAAGCAAAGAACAAGCUGCUACCCGGCAACAGACCACCAUUUUUCUCAACAAGAGGGCAAAUACAAACACACCGAAAACAAAACAGCAAAAAUUUGUCCUCGCUUAUUCUACAUGAAUUAAGUCGAAAAAUGCGUAAUCCUACGAGGAAAAUGAAUUUUACAAGAUUAAUGUAAGUUAUAAGAAUGGAAUAAAGACAAAAUUAUGAGAAGAAAGUUGAAAUAGUUAGAAAAUGACACAGCGGACGUGGAGAAAGUAGCUAAUUUUAUGGGAAUGAAGUAAAAAUAUCGAUAUUGCAUUCUUUGACUAGUUAAAGUGUCAUUUUAGUCACAUUAAAAUGGUAUUUUUUAUGUAAUUUGGUGGAAAUGAGAGGUUACAGUGUGGGAAUCACAUAUUACAGAAGAAAUUGACAAAUUAUUUAAGAAAGUUGAAAUAUUUUGGAAAAUAACAAUGGGAACAUCCCUGAGAUUUCUUUUUGUAAAUAGUUGCGAGCAGACGGGCGUGAAAACCAUGUAAUACACAAGCUCACCUACGUGUGGCGCCGUGAACAAACACGCGGGCGGAAUAGAAGAAGAAAGAACACGUGUGUAAGUCUGUCGUCUUGCACUUGUCAAGUCUUAGGGGCGUGUCACUGCACAGUACGUACCCGGAAGGCAAUGUGUUCAACUGGGCUCUACGCAUGUGUACAACGCGUCUACAUCCGGCCGGCAGUCACAUGUUAGGCAUGUGUAAUCUACGCCAUCCGUAUGGCAGCAAGCAAUACACAAUAAGUCCCCCCUCCGCGACCAAAACGUAAGUAAGAUAGAUAGAAAAUUGAGAAAUAACAACAUAAUCUUUUUUUUCUCAUAUCCAUGAUGCAAGUGGACAAUUAAGAAGCCCUUUUCGCUACUGAAAAAAGUAAAACACAAAAGCAUGUGCUAGGAAGUUAUGUUUGGAGGGAUGAUAUUUCCCCGUUUAGAAAAACCCCUGAAAGAGCUGAAUCCUCCAGAUGUAUCCAUCAUUGCCCUCUGCCCUCUCCUUGUUUACAUGAAAUAUUUAAUGCGUUUUCUAUUGAAUUAUUGAUGUAACCCGUAACCCGAUAUGACGGUUACGUCUGCGCUACGUGCAUUGCCCAAGUUUUACGUAGCUCAGUCAUAAGACAAUAGAAACAUCACCAAGCUAACCAACUAUUUUAACAAGAGUCACUGAUAAAAUAACCUCCCAACAUAUUACACAUAUGAAGUAUGGUUAUUGACCAUUUAUGUUCAUACAUUUCAAAAAUAACUUCCACAGCACGUGACGUCGCAGAAGCGCUGUGAAAAUUAACUAAAGGAGGAAGUGACGUAGUCCAUGCGCAUGCGCGAGACAGAUUGCGUUCCGGGUACGUAUUGCGUAGUGACAGUGCGCCGCACACGGGCGGCGACAUGGCCGCUAUUCCAUUCAUCUUCAGUGGAACCGACACAUUGGGGCGAUUAUCGCGUGCCACCGUGCAUGUGAAGGUUUUGUGUUGGUGCGUGUCGUCAUACACACGCCAGCUUGCGACGCCAUCCCAGAAAGUUGAAGAAUGUUCCAACCUUUCAGACGAGGACCAGUUGGCGAGAGUUGAUCGACUAAUGAGCGGACAGGAUGCUAAUCAGUCGCUAUACUUGGCGUGUCAGAUUUCCUGGAGCUAGUUGACAUUUCUAAAAAAUAUAGAUGUAAAAAAAAAAAGAAGCAUGAGAACUCGUCAGGUAAGUUUACAUUCAAUUUAUGUAAGUUCAUCUUCCAAUGCUAGCAAGAUCCGCUAUUAGCAAGAGUAAACACCGGCCACUUUGCCUCCUCGCUUCUACCUUGAUACCCCCAAAAUUCCCUCCACAUCUGACAGCCAAUCAAAAAUGCGGGAGACUCGUACAACUCGCUCUGGAUGUGAACACGUCGCUCACGGGUGUCGCUGGUCGCCGCCACUUGUCGCCUCCCAUGUGCAUGGUUUGCUACGCGUUGGCCAACCCGAGUGUCGUUUGUGGCGCCCAUCAGAAGUAGAAUUACUUCUGCGAGUCAUUGUGGAGUAUAUGAGGAGAAUGGCGACUGGGGUGAGUCAUGUUGCCCCGCCAUUGGCUGGCCAAGCCAGGGUGUACACUGCCUGUUACCCGUCUACCCCCGUGACCCUAGUGAGGAUUAGCGGCAUAGAGGAUGGAUGGAUGCUGUAUAUAAGGUGUUCAAUGUGGUUUGGUUGAGGAAAACAUUGAACAUGUUCUAUGCGCCACCACCACAAACUUCAUGUCUGUAUGCCGAUGCCAAUCAUAUAGUCUACUCGUUUUCCUGGAUACCUUUCACAUCUGAUUCCUAAAGGGACUGUUGGCAACUGUUGGGCAGCUUCCUAGAGGAACUUUGUUGCACGCGUGACGUCUUGAGCACGUAAGCCACCCCCCACGUAACACACGCACACUAGCUAUGUUAAAUGGCCAAGGUUAGCUAUCAUUGAAUGCAUAGCUUAGCACAACCACACAAAGACCCCAAUUUGUCAUUUUUGUUGCAAAUUGGGACAAGUCUAGAUGUUUGUUUGCUGUCUUUGAAAGCACUAUGCUAACAAGCUAGCCGCUGCCGAUGUUCUGAUUUCUUGGUUAACCUUGAGAGUUGCAGACAGUCACUUGAAAUAUUUUGAUAUUUAUGAUACUGUUUGACUUAAGUGGGGGUGUCACCAUACACCAUAUUUUAACAUGACAAUGAAAACUUGCAGGACUGGCAAACAAAACUUAUUUAACAGUCGAGGAGUAAUGCAGGAAACGCCGAGUGCAGGUUGGAUUGCAAGGUUUCUAGUGUGUGUAAAGCACUUAAUGUGUGCUUCCCAUCCUGCCUGGCCCACUGCCACUAGCGAUGCCAUAGUUGAGCCUGAUGGGCUCCUGGCUGCCAGACAUGUGGUGACACCCCCACGAUGACCAUGAUGUGUUUCACAUUUCACACGUUAUUCCAACAUGUUCUACUUUGGAAUCAA